UUAAGUUUGAUGGCGGGCAGAGGGCCACCACAGACGGCGGUUGUUGUUAACUCGCUGAUUGGCGACUUGGUUCAGGAUGCCGUCAACGAGCCGCUCAAGCUCUCCGAACAGCCGUCCACCUGCCGGCGGCUCUUUGACAUACUUGGCUUCCAGCCGGCGGAUGAGUUCGAGGACGACGAGGAUCCCGCUACCGGCAGUGUGAUGGCCAAGUCCAGUUCGUGUACUCUACAGAACACACCGAAUCCUGCUCUCAAGCAGAGGAACUGGCACAGUUGGAUGACGAAGGCAUUGGCGGAAGGGAGUUCGGACGAUGAGGUUGAGGUAUUCAAGAAGCCCUAUCGGCCCAAGGUGCUCGAGACAACCGGCGUGCAGACGGAGCAGCCGCGGCUGAGGAGACAGGAGCCGGAGGCAGUGCCUGUAAACGCCAGCGAAGGCCAACCGGGAUCGGGAUCGGGACCAGCACCUUGCGAGCUGACCCGCCAAACGAUCUUCAUCGAUGCCGUGGCCGUUCCCAUUCCCAAUGUGCUGGGUCGGGCGCCGCUGGCCGAUCGCUUCUGCUACAUGCUGACGGACUUUGCCUCGGCGCUCUACUGUAGUCUCGCCAUCAUGUGUUGUUGCACCCCCAAUAUGUUGCGAUAAACCCCGCCGUUACCCAGUUCUCUGCUCUGCCGGGUUACUUCUACUUGUUUUGUCAUUUAUUUGAGAGUGAAACUAAACCAAUCUUAAUGCAAA